AUGGCCGACAACAGCAUUCUCCUGUGCCAAUACACGUACAAGCCGUGCUCGAACCCGCGCUCCGUCAAGAAGAACGGGUCGCUCCACUCGUUUUGCGAGGACCACCGCCGAAAAGCCAACGCGAUCCAAAAAGCGUACGCGUUGAACAAGCGUCUUCGCGAGUCCAGCGUCGUGGUGCCCCGACCACUCUGCGUCGUUCCAGUGCCCAUGACGCCCGUUGACGGUGUCCGUCCGAUCCUGCCGCGCCUCGCGACGCCGUCGUUUGACGCGGACGAAGUCCGGUUUCUCCACGACUGGCUCACCCAGCAUGUGCCCGAGGACAGCGACGACGGUCUUUGUGAGACGGAAUGGAGCACCGACGACUAUGGGAUGCUCUGUGAUCUUUUCUAG